CGCCAAUCGGGCUAGGGAAUAUUGUAUUUUUGAUUUUCACCGUACACGAAGAUUCGUUAUUGAACAGAUUUUAUUUUCCUAGUCGAAAUCGCAAUGGCAACGUCCAACUUCAAACAUGUUACCGGAGUCUGGAAACAGGAGUGUUCCAGUUCCGGAACCGCAGACCGAAAUUCGAGAAUUGUUAAACAAAUUGAGUUCUAUUUUAGCGAUACCAAUUUGCCGUACGACAAGUUUCUUCAGGCUCAGAUCAAGCAUGAUGACGGCUGGGUGCCGAUCAGCGUACUGUUGACGUUCAAAAUAUUGAAAUCCAUCACCAGAAACUCGGACGUGAUCGCAUCAGCCGUCAAGAACGCUGAUGACAGUAUCAUGGAAGUCGACAAAACGGACAAAAAAAUCAGACGUAAACCGAAAAUCCCCGCACCAGUUCCUGAACGCAGUUUGUUCAAGGAAAUCGUCGAUCGGUCAAUUUAUUGCAGCGGUUUCCCAAGGACGGCUUCCGUGGACGAACUUUUGGAAUUUGCCAAGACCUUUGGCGACAACGUCAUUACGAAAACGACUUUUAUGAGAUUUAAGUCUAAAGCGUUUAAAGGUUCCCUUUAUUUUACGUUCCGCUCUAAAGACGAGGCGGAAAAUUUUUUAGAAAAAAAAUCUGUUGAAUACAAUGGUGUUGAAAUAGAGCGUAUGUGGGAGAGUGACUUUUUAGGAAAUUACAAAGCCAAUAGCCCAUUUAAUUAUGAAUAAUAUUUAUAAUAAUGUUUCGAUAUAGGUACAUUAUAUUACACCAGCUAGUGGAUCGGGAGUUCGCGACCCACGGUUUGAGAAACGUUGCCAUACACACUACACAUUAUAUACAUUACAUUAUUAGAAACGUUAAUUAAGUUUAUUUGUUACUAUAGUUUAAUCUUUUUAAAUACUUAUUUGACUUAUGUUUAAUACUAACAACAAAAACAGCCUAUACUUUA